UGCUAUUCAAACACCAGGUCUCGCAGCAUGGGAGGGCACCAGUCCUUUAAGAUCUCAGAGGAAUCAGAGGAGGAGGAGAAAUCAAAAGGCUGUAUGUAGCGGGGAAGAUCCAGCCUGCCUAUUAGGUCUGCUCUGAACAGCUCAGAGUCUCUGUUGCACCAUGGCACUCCUCUCACUGUUUCUGCUCACCUCUCUCUUGUGUCACAUAGGACACUGUGCUUACGUCAACAUGGGCAUAGUGAACGGCUCUGUGGUCAAAGCACAUUCCAGACCCUACAUGGUUUCUGUCCAAAAAGAUGGAAGUCAUACUUGCGGGGGCUUCCUCGUGUCAGAGAACUUUGUAAUGACGGCUGCACACUGCUGGGAACCAGGGGUGAAGCUGACGGUUGUAGUGGGUGCACAUGAACUGAAAAAGAACAAGUCAGCUUUGCGCCAUAUGGAGGUGAAGCUUUACCACAUCCAUCCGAUGUUUGACUCAGAGAAUCUGCUCAAUGAUAUUAUGCUGCUGCAGUUGAAAAAAAGCAUCAAAAAGACAGAGAACAUCAACUGGAUCUCCAUACCAAAUGAAAAGAAUCAGGGCAUUAAGGCCAAGCAGGUCUGCAGCAUAGCAGGCUGGGGGAAACGAUCUGAAAAUGGUGGAGGAAGUGAUCAUCUCCUGGAGGUCAAUGUCACUGUCAUUGACACAAAGGUCUGCGAGAAAUCCUGGGGAAAGCCUUUUCAUGUCUCCAGUUUGGUGUGUACUAAAGGUCACGGAGGGUUUUGUCAGGGAGACUCUGGAGGUCCUUUGGUGUGUCAGAACAGAGCCGUCGGUAUUGUUUCAUUCUACGAUUCUAAAAACUGCAAAUCACCAAAUUUGCCCUAUGUCUAUACCAAAAUUUCAAACUUUGUGCCUUGGAUUCAUUGUAUUUUAGGACGCAAGGAGUGAGCACUUGGUUAUUAUUUUAUAUUUGGUGUUUAAGUCCCCCCUCCCCAUCCCACCCCCCAUUUUUUCAUGAAAGAAACUUAAGCCAGCAUGUGGGUUUGUAUUUAUCUCUUGUAUAUGGGGCAGCUUUCUGUCUAUACUCUGCCUACUCUGCCAACCUCACAGGGACUAGAUAUGUGUUUGCUCUCGAACCAAAUAAAAUGUGACAGUAAAAUAAAGUCAUUGUAAAACAGAGGAGCAGCAAAAGAACUUCACAAAUCAUUUUGUCACUGUGUUGUUACGUAUAUGUAAGCUUGUCACGAUUAAGAAUAAAUAAACUAACUAAAAAUGACUAAAUAAAAUA